AUGCCCUUUUUCGAUUAUGUGCGAGACACGCUCGCGUGGCAGUUCGUCCGCCUAGCGACGGGAGGAAAACUGCCAGAGUUCCAACACUUUGAUGAACGACAUCCCCUUAUCAAGCAGAGAUACGCCAACGGCGGCGCGUCGCGGAGGCCAGGACGGGAGCAAGAGAUUUCGGAGUCCAAGGAUGCGUAUGUGAAUAGGCUUCCGGCUCUCAAACGACAUCAAUCGGAGAACAGGGCGAGGCCGACGAGAGAUCCGUACGUGCGAGGACACUCGUUCGACGAUGUGGAGCCGAGGCUACCGAAUAGUCACUGGUCUAACGAGACGGUCGACAUGUCGGAAUUGGAGAAGUAUACUUCUCAUUCCACCUCGAACUUACAUGGUUUGCACCUGGUUCACUUCCUCCCAGAUGAUCCCGAGGAUCCGAAAAACUGGUGCAGCCUCAAAAAGACCAUUGUCAGCAUUCAAAUAUGUCUGCUUAUUGCCUGCACCUAUGCCGGAGCCUCGAUUUACACAGUCGGGUUGCACGGAGUGAGAGAGCAGUUCGGUGUCACCGAAGAUGUAGCGCUUUUGGGAUUGACAACCUACGUAAUUGGAUACGGAGUCGGACCAAUGGUCUGGAGUCCACUCGCCGAAGUCCCCCAAAUCGGCCGCAAUCCCCUAUACAUCCUGUCACUCAUCGUCUUCAUCGUGGUACAAGUGCCCAUAGCCCUGGCCACCAACAUCGGCAUGCUCUUAGCCUUCCGCUUCAUGGCCGGCUUCUUCGGCGCCCCGGUUCUGGGUACGGGAGGCGGCAUCCUAACUGAUAUGUACGCGUCGAGGAAGCACACGUACGCCAUGGGCCUCUGGGCGCUCAUCGGCAUCGGGGGCCCGACGGUGGGCCCGAUCAUCGGCGGUUUCGCUGUUGAGGCCGAGGGCUGGAAGUGGACGGCUUGGAUCACGGCCUGGGCGGGCACCACGACGCUGGCGUUGAUGAUCUUCUUCCUCCCUGAGACGAGUGCCGACAACAUCCUGUACCGGCGGUCGCUUCGACUUCGUAGGGCGACGGGCGACAGACGGUAUAUCUGCGAGGCCGAGAUCAAGGCGGAGAACACGACCGGGAAGGAGGUGUUGCUGACUCACUUAGUCAGACCAUUCACGAUGGUCAUGACCGAGCCUGUCGUGUUUCUUCUGCUGCUGUACAGCUCCUUUAUAUACGGACUGAUGUACAUCUGGUUCGAAGCUCUUCCGUUGGCAUACGAGGAGGUCUACCACUUCGACCUCGGCACCCGAAGCAUAACCUUGCUGGGACUAAUAGUCGGUGUGCUGCUCAUCAUACCGCCGUUCUUCCUCUACUACAGGAAGCGGAUCGAGCCUCAGUUCGACCACCUCGGCAACAUCCAGCCAGAGAAGCUGCUGAUUCCGGCUAUGAUGGGAUGUUUGUUCCCACCGGCAAGUCUGGUCUGGUUCGGAUUUACCGCGAAGCCCACGGUUCACUGGGCGGUACCCAUCGUGGGUUCAUCGUUAUUCACUUCGGGUGCUCUCCUAUUGUUUAUCUCGUUCAUGAAUUACCUGGGAGAGUCGUUCCCAGAUCACGUCAGCUCCAUCUUUGCCGGACAUGAGGUGUUUACCAGUCUCUGUGGUGGCACAUUUCCCCUAUUCGUACCGUUGCUGUAUUACAAGCUCGGCAUAUUUGGUUCGAGCAUACUGAUGGCUAUAUUCGCCAUGGCGCUUGUCCCUAUACCAUUUAUUCUUUACUUGAACGGUGCAAGGUUGAGGAAGCAUAGCCGUCACGACAGACGAGAGUUAUAG